UCCGGGGCAGGCGGUCCCCGCACGCCGCUCAGCCGGUGGGCCGGCCCCGGUGCCUGCCCCGCCCCACCGGGAGCCUAGAAAAGCGGAGCUGGGCGCCGAGGGCUUUGCCAGCCGACCAUGAAGAACCCGGUGCAGCAAGCAGCGUCGCUGCUGCUGGAGAAGCUUAUGAUGCUCCUCGUCCACGUCCGGCCCUUGCUCGUGGGCUCCGGCGGGGAGACAACGCCACCGCCCCCCGGCGACUACGACACCAGCUGCUUCAAGCGGGGCGACCUUCUGGAGGUGCCCCGCACCCUCUUUAUUCACUUCGGCAUCUACCUGGGCGAGAACCGCGUCGCCCACUUGAUGCCCGACAUCCUGCCCUCCUUCACCGACGACCUCCGGCAGAUCCAGCAGGUGGUGACCAACAAGCGGCUUAUCCUGGGUGUCAUCGCCAGGACAGCCAGCGUCCGCGUGGACACGGUGGAGAACUUCGCCUACGGCGGCAGCAUCCUGGUCAACCACAUGGACCGGCUCUUCGAGGACCAGGUGCUGAGCAGCGAGGAGGCGGCGCGCCGGGCGGAGAAGCUGAUGGGCACCACGGCCUACAGCCUGCUCUGGAACAACUGCGAGCACUUCGUCACCUACUGCCGAUACGGAGCCCCGGUCAGCUUUCAGACCGACAAGUUCUGUGAGACUGUGAAGAUGAUUAUUCGGGACCAGAGGAGCGUGCUCGCGUCAGUGCUUGUGGGACUAGCAUCAAUAGUCUGCCUAGGUUUGGCACCCUCCACCACGCUCCCCACUAUCUUUAUUCCCUUCUUCCUAUGGAUGGCUGGCUGACAGCCUUCCUGGAGGCGUGCAACUGGCAUCUGUAUAUAGGAUGUACACUACUGUAUUUAUGAAAGCACAGAUUACUCAUUGAUGUCGUGUAAAGUUUCUUAACCUUGUGCACCAUUUUAAAAUACAACUCUGUCUAGAACACAGUGCACAAGGCAUAGCUUACUGUGUAAGCCAAGUAACAGAUUUCCUGAAAAUCUUGGUAUAUUUUAACACACCUUUAAAUCGUGAAAAAAAGUAGGUUUGCAAUGCAGUUCUGUUCCUUGUCUUUAGCCAUAAGUGAUUCUGACUACAUCCUUCAGAUUCUUCAAUUUCUUAGCUGCAUACCUGGGUGCCAUAACUAUUAACAAAAAUGGAUGAUGGAGUUCCACAAAGUGAUGGAAAUGGGAAACAAGCUGCUUACCUCUUUCUUUUAUAAAUAUAGUAUAUAUUCAGAAA